UUCAUCCGAAACGAAAUAUCGAGCAUCCGGCGGCCCCCGGAGCUGGGAGCGGCUCCAGCACAGGACCGGGACCAGCCGUGACCUGUCAUCGUGUCCCUUUCAAUGGGCCAUCCCCGUGGCUGCACAGCUGUUCCCGAGGCCCAUCUCCGAAAGGCUUUUUCAGCACUCCUGAAGCGUCCGGAGCAAGGGGCUCUGCUCUGUUCCCAGCACAGAGAUGCCGGCUGUGAGCUGGAGCAGAGUGAAUUCUGCUCCAUUCACGGGCCCGUGCAGGAGCUCCUCCAUCUCCGGGACGGACCAGCAGCCGGGCUUACACACUUGCCUGGGGCGCAAGAAGCCGCUUGUCAGAAGCAGGGGGACGCCACUUGUGAGCGUGCAGUGAGGGAAGAAGAUGUGGAGAAUGGAACCUGCAGCAGCGAGGGCACAGUGAGGGAGCCCCUGGAUCCCCAGGGCACAUCGGCCACCGGCCAUGUGCUCAGAAGGCUGCUCAGAGGAUUCCCGGGCCAGCGCUCCAGCCGCCAUCCCGUGCUCACCUUGGUGCUGUUCCUGUUCCUGCUGCUGGCCGUGGUGGCGGCCUUGGCUGUGCGGUCAGCUCCACAGGUUCAGGCUCCACCUGCGGCUCCGACGUUGGUUCCGGGCUGUCCCUCUGACUGGGUUGGACACAAUGGAGUCUGCUACUACUUCUCAAGGGACAGCAGGAGCUGGCAGCAGAGCCAAGAGCGGUGCUGCGAACUCGGGGCCUCCCUGGCCAUUGUCCAGGAUGAGGCAAUGCAUUGGCUCUUGCGCCUCCGCGGGAACGUCGAUUACUGGCUCGGGCUGCGCAGACGGGGCGAGCGCCUGCGGUGGGGGGACGGCAGCAGCUUCAGCUCCUCGGUUCCUGUCCUUGGCAGUGAAGAGUGCGUGUGCCUGGCUGAGGAGAAAUUCAGGAGUGAGAAUUGCUCAAAUCCUCAGCCCUAUCUCUGCAGCAAGGCCCAAGCUCCCCUGUAACAGGGGCUGGAGAAAGGACCUUCUCCACACUGGGCAGUCCCAGCUUCAGCUCUUAGCCCAGCCCAGGGCUGUCCUUCCUCAGCUGCUCCCUGUGCCUUGCUCUUGCUCUCAGGGUCACCUCAGUGCCUGUUCAUCCCCACUGCCAGCGCUGGGCUGGCUGUUCAAAGGAAAACCCUCUGCAAUCCAUCCUGCCAGCCAUGCUAGCUGGAGUGAGGGGAUUGCUCUCAUUGCACAACAAGCUCUCAUGGGAAAUCCAAAUCACCCUGGGCUCUUGGAAAUCAUCACCACGUGGUUUGAGGGUGAGACUUUUGGAGUGGCCUUGGAAGAGGAAGAAGAACAGCUGAGACAUGAUGAGGAGGGAUCUGAGUUUUGUCAUCAGGCACCUGAGUGUGCAGAAUUCUCUCUCUGUCUGUCUCUCUGUCUGUCUCCCUUCUGCAAAGAGUCUCACUGCUCUGCUGUGGGAGGAAAACCAGGCUGCAGCAGGACAUGGAUUUGUCUUCCUGAAGGAGAAGCAGCCACGUGAUGUGUUUUUUACUCCCAUCCCUCUGUGCCGCUGGGAGCAGAGGGGGGAGGGAGGGAAUCAGGGGUCAUGUGAAGCCCAGCAAAGCGAUAACAGGGUGGGGAAGUUUCAU